CGAAAAUCAAAAGAGAAGCAGAGCAACAAGAACAGUUAGACAACAACGAACAUGAAUUCCAAAGUCAAUUCGCUGGAGGAGAAAGUGAAACUGCCGCCAACGGAGACAAUAAGCCGUUGCUAUCAGCCGCAGCAGAGCAACCGUAAGGUCAUACGCAUCCUAACGGUAGCCGUCUAUGUGCUGUGCGUAUCGCUGGCGGCCAUCAUGCUAUCGCUCUACUAUAUUUUCAUAUGGGAUCCGACCAUACGGCCCUUCGUCACCAAGGCCAAUCAGUGCGACAAAAUUGUGAUACCCGAAAAGAUUGCCAUACGCCUAUUAAACUCAUCGGAAGUCACCGCAGAGCAGUUCUACAAGCACAUCCUCGAACAGUAUCGCAUCCUGAACCACUUGCAAAUGCAGCGCCAGCAGUUCCUGCAGAAGCAGCAUCUGCAGCUGCAGCAGCUGGAGGCAAGCAAUCGCUUCCAGGAGGUGUUCGCCACGGCCACCAUCUACCAGGCGCAUCAGCAACCACGUGAUCCGCUCCAGAAGUCAAAGGCUCUACAGGCUGCCUCGUCGUUGUCCUCGGCCUCCAUCUCCUCCCUCGCCCUGGCCAACAAUAGUAGUGGUAGCAGCAGCAGAGACCCGUUUCGCCUAGAGCCAGCAGUGAAUGGGGACAGCUCGUCGCACCACCUGCCCCUCGUGCUAGACACUUCACCACCGGCAGAGGGCAACAUUCAGCAUGUGAAGCGGAAGACUCAUCGUGGCCAUUAUAAGCACCAUCGCAGUCGAGCCGGUGCCAAGAAGCUGGCGGAGCGAACCGGUGCCACUGCAACCGUUAGCACUACAGCCAGCGAGCAGCCAACUGUGGCUGCACCACACGGCUACAUGGAUGCCCCACUCAAUCCGGCAGCCGGCACCAUUCUGCAGCAGCCGCUGCAGCUCUACACAUCCAUGCCCAUACCGCUCAUCCUCAGUCCGAGCAAUGGGGAGAAACGCCUGUCACACCACAGCCACAGCCAUGCGCACGGCGAGCGGCGGGGCAUGGGUGGUGCACAGGCUAGACGACGCGCCACCACAGCCACCGUAUCGGGCUACGAUGCGCAGACCUACCUCAAUCCCUUCCUCACCGGCGAGCUCAUCUUCGAGAAGUAAGCAGCUGAGCCACACUCGCACUCACACGCACACAUACACACCGACACAGACACACUCACACUCGCUGAGAGAUACACGUUGAACAUUUGGCCAAAGUUUAGCUAAAGAUACUUUACUUUAAGCAUCUGGCAUCGGCACCGGAUGAGAAGGGAAUCGAGACUCGGACACUGUCAUAUCACACAGUUAUAGCCAGACUUUUACUACUACAACUACAACUACAAAUACUUGCACUCUAGCAGAUGCAUCAGAUAUGACUAUAUCACAUAUACAUAUAUAUAUCAGAGUUGGCUUUUCAGAUUUCUUUCUAGGCCCAGUUCACACUGAACUCUAUAUCUAAAUGGCAAAUGAUUUGAUAUAAUUGACCAGCUGCUAAAGUUCCUGGUAAAGUUCAUGUUAGUUGAGCUUCUUCACAGAGGAAUUGUCAAUUGCUGCACUCUUUUGACCGGAGAGGGUCAACAAGUUAACAGAGAAUUGACAUAUGUUAACAGCCACUUUAACUAGCUUGGUUAAUAUUUAACAGCUAGUCAAACGAGCAGCUAAAUUGAACUUCAUGCUCAUUGUAGAGCAGACAAUGAUGUUAAAUGGAUUUGAAAUGGAAUUGCGCUCAAUGAAAUUCUAGAACAGCUCUGGUAGAGGUCAUAGACGAUGCACUGCACGGCACCUAGCGACACCUCCCACUACGUAUAUACAAAUAUAUACACACCCAGACAUAUAUAUAUAUCCAAAUAUUUCAAAGAAAACA